GGGUCGCAAUUUGUAUGCGCUGCUGGAGAAUGCAAUUUUAUUCAGAUAUUUGGCUAUAGACUGGAAGAUAUGAGAGAGAUCGCUGACGUUAGUGAGUUCUUUAUCGUCGGCGCAGAUGUGCAUCGACAUGUGCAAAAAUCGUUUUGCUACCGUACACCCACUAAAAUAUUAUAUAUAGGCUAUCUUCUAAAUAUAUUAAAACUUGUUGAAUUUUGUAUACACACACGUCUGCACGUUGGGUGAUAAAGAACAUUUGUCUGACUGCUCGAUCUUUUCAACAAGUUGAAAAAGAAGAUCUGAAGAUGGCUGCAAAAUAUUCAGACUGUGACGAAAUUACAGAAAAACUAGCUGAUAUUUCAUUAAAGCCAUCAGAAAAUGCAGCAAAGGAGAUUUCUCAGUCACCACCUUCCCAACCUGAACAAACAGGAACAAAAAAUAAGAAAAAGAAGAAUAGGAAAAAAUCUGCCAAAGCGGCAGCUGCAAUAAACGAUGAAGGUCAGAAUAAUUUGAAAGUUAAAUCUGUGGAUAUCAAAGAAAUUAUUAAAGCCCAACAGGAAGAAUCUGCUAGGCAGAAAUGGAAAUUUUGGAACACACAGCCAGUGCCAAAGCUAGAUGAAAAAGUAGAAGAGGUUGGAAAGAUAGAGGCUGACAAGGAUAAGAUCAAAGAAGAUAGUUACACGCUUCCUGCAGGAUUUGAAUGGGACACUCUGGAUCUUAAAAAUAGUGCCCAGUUGAAAGAAGUCUAUGAGUUAUUGACAGAGAAUUAUGUAGAAGAUGAAGACAAUAUGUUUCGUUUUGAUUACUCUGCUGGAUUUUUGCAAUGGGCACUGCAACCUCCGGGACAUUUCAAAGAAUGGCACUGUGGAGUUCGAGUGGUAAAAAAUAAGAAGCUUGUUGGUUUUAUCAGUGGUGUUCCAUCGAAAAUUAAAGUCUACGAACAAGUGGAAAAUAUGGUUGAAAUAAAUUUUUUAUGUGUCCACAAAAAACUUCGAGCGAAACGAGUUGCUCCUGUACUUAUUAAAGAAAUCACAAGGAGGGUCAAUCUGAAAGGAGUUUUUCAGGCAGUGUAUACAGCAGGAAUUGUCCUUCCUAAACCUAUCGCAACAUGUCGGUAUUAUCAUCGUUCUCUUAAUCCUAAGAAGCUCGUCGAUGUUCAGUUUUCACACAUUGGAAGGAAUCAAACUAUGCAACGCUUGAUCAAAUUGAUGAGAUUACCUACUGAUACGCAGACGAAAGGAUUGAGAGAAAUGAGAAAGAAAGAUGUAGCACAAUGUCAUACCCUCUAUCUGGAUUUUGUUAAAAAAUUUAAUUUGACCCAACUUUUUACUUUGGAAGAAUUUGAGCAUUUUUUCUUGCCACGACCUGGUAUUGUGCAGAGUUACGUUGUUGAAAAUGCAGAAGGUAAACUGACUGAUAUGUCAAGUUUUUUUUCUCUCCCAUCUUCAAUUAUGAGCCAUCCUGAUCAUUCAACUUUAAAUGCUGCUUACUCAUUCUACACAGUUCAUACAGAAACAAAUAUCACACAACUCAUGAAAGAUAUGCUUAUUAUAGCUAAACAGCAAGGCUAUGAUGUGUUCAACGCUUUAGAUUUGAUGGAUAAUCGACAAUUUUUGAAGGAACUCAAAUUCGGUAUGGGUGAUGGGAAUCUCAAUUAUUACCUUUUCAAUUAUAAAUGCCCUGUGAUAGAAUCUGAAAAAGUUGGACUUGUGUUACAGUGAUGAGCAAUAUCUGAUCUUGUAGUUUUUCUGACAUAAUUAUAAUGCAUGUAGAUGAUUUUUGUAACGUGUAGAUUUUACACAAAUAUGUGUUUAGAAAUAUUGAAAUGGGAAUCAAUAUCAUAGAUUGAAUUUGUUCGAAGUAGGCCAUGAGACAAGUUCUAUUUCAUUAUAAUUAAACUAAAUUUUGUUCUGGACUCUGGUGCAGAAAAUAUUUGAAACAGAAUCAAAGUUAAUCUAGGCUAUUCUAUACGUUCACUCACACUGCAAUGAGUGUUAAGGGGUAUAGGCGGCCAUAUUAUAAUCGUUGUUGAAUUAUUGAAGGCGUGUUGAUGAAGCUAGUUGAGAAUAUGAGGUAUUCAAUAUUUGACUGGUGAACAAUUUGUUUUGAAUGCCAAUUACCUAUGGACAUUUCCAUUUCCAGAUUAAUUGUGUGAUGUAUAUUGUCUUCCGCCAGGUAAUAUAUACUUUUGCCCCCUUACCUGUCUCUUGCUGCUUGAAAAAGACAAUAUAUAGCCAAUCACUUUGUCACAGGCUUUUUAUCACUGUGGUGUGUGAAAUACUGUAAUUGGAGACUGGAGUUUAUGGUUUUGAAUUGGUUGUCAUAAAUUAUUCAACCAUGGUCAGUGAGAGUUGUGCAAACCAGUAAUCUUAAUCCUGUGAAGCUAAUAUACUUAAUACCUAUUUAACUAUUAGGUAUUACUUAAUGUUAAUAUCCAUUAAUUUGACUAGUAUGCAAAGUAGUUUAUAACAGGGUUGUACUUUCAAGAUGCAUACGGAUUGCUACAUACUUUUAUAUAUGCAUUCCAAAAUAACUUGUCUGGAUAAUAAUAACAUAUUAAAUUGCCUAAUAUACAUAUUUAUGUAUAGGUAAUUGACGAAGUUUGACGUUACCCAAUUGAUAUUGUUGAAUUUUAAUUGUUUGAGUUUGUAAUGAAAAAGUAUCCGUAAUAUUUAACUGAUAUAUCUCUAUCAAGCAGGCACAGUAAAAACAUGGACUGUUUCUUCUAUAUUCUUCCCAUAGGUACUAUUCUUCAAGCAGCUCCUAUAAAUUAUUAUUUUGUUAAAAUUGAAGUAGCCUACUAUUUUUACUUAAAUUUGGAUGCCUCCUAUUAACAAAUAAAUUUUUUGCCGAGUUUUUGAGAAAUGAGUUCCAUGGUGAAUGUUGGAAAAUUCUUAGUUGCUCCAUUUCUAUUUAUGCUGUUUAUAUAACUGAUAUUACUUAACACUUUGUAUUAAAAUGUUUUUUUUUUCUGUUGCUACAAACUUCAAUCAUUUUUGUUGCCACAGCAAAGCAUGGAUGAUUAUGAAUAUUGAAAUGCAAUUACAAUUUCCAGCUAUUUGAUAUAAUCUUGUUAUUUGAUUUUAAAACAUUUCCAAGUACUGGUAGUUAUAUUUGCAUUAAUAACAAAAAAUUAUAAUUGAUCAGAAAUACAACCUGUAUUAUGAAGUCUAUGAUCAUGCUCCAUUUGUAAAAAUUAGACUUUCAAAUGUGAACGCAUAUUCUGUACCUGGAUUUCUCAAAUCACCUCAUGACAGCUUGUGAUAUUGGAAGGGAUAUUUUUAUGACAUGGUGUUGUCUAGCAAAGCAAGGUCUAGCCAUCUCUAAGAUAUUUAGAACCAGCCAUUCUUUAGUCAGCUAUUUUUCAGUAACAUAUUGCCACAAUAGAACCAAAUUAGCUUAUGGGUUGUUAAUGAAACCCCAUUUUUGUAAUUUGCAUAUCUGUACAGCCAAACCUUAUAAAGGACAUAAGGCACUACCUAAAAUCAAAACUAAAUCGGGUUCAGUUUUGAAACCUAGACCAGAAGAUGGCCACUGGUCCAAGAUGACGGAAAUUCAAAAAAAGUACACUUCUGAAAAAUGACUUUGGUUUUACUAUGAUGGUAUGAUUAUUAAUUAGGUUAUUAAUGAUGUAAUAUGAGUGAAACAGAUUUAGAUUGCUCGUGAACUUUUAUUUCGUAUCAAAUUGAACAAAAUGUGUAGUGAAACGGGUAUCAUAGAUAGUUCUUAGUCCUAUCAUUUUGCUCGAUCCUUAUUUCGAAUUUCACAGUAGCUAAUUUUUUUGUGCUUGAAUGUAUUAUGUAUGAUUCUUUCUUGUUUUUAUAAAG